AUGGUCUAUGGUAAGACUUGCCAUUUGCCGGUUGAAUUGGAACAUAGAGCACUUUGGGCUCUCAAAUUUUUAAACUUUGAUUCCAAUUUAGCCGGGUUAAAACGGAAAGAUCAGCUUCAUAGAGUUGAAGAAUUAAGAGAUACCGCUUACCACUUGAAUAAACUUUACAAAGAAAAAGUGAAAAAGUAUCAUGAUGGUAAAGUGAGGUCAAAAGAAUUUCAUGAAGGACAAAUGGUACUCCUCUUCAACUCUAGGCUGAAACUUUUUCCGGGCAAAUUAAAAUCGAAAUGGUCGGGACCGUUCGUAGUAAGGGAAGUUCGGAAUUAUGGAGCAAUUGUUGUGGAGGACCCAAAGACUAAGGCCAACUGGACGGUAAAUGGGCAAAGACUGAAGGUGUAUCAUGGUGGUGAUUUCAAUCGAGAGGUAAGCGUAAUUUCGCUUAUCGAAGCUUGA